AUGCCUCAUAGUAUCAUCACAGACAACGGAACAAAUUUUGACUCCAAAAAGUUCUACAAGUUUUGCGACGACGGUGGCAUCAAGUUAAAGUUCGCAUCGGUAGCACAUCCCCAGACAAACGGGCAGGUUGAAAGGAUCAAUGGCCUCAUUGGAGACGGCCUCAAGAAACGCCUUACGGGUGCAGCUGGAGCAUGGGUCGAAGAAUUACCAUCCGUGCUUUGGAGUUUGCGUACCAAACCCAACAGAUCAACCCAGUACACCCCGUUCUUCUUGGUGUACGGAGCCGAAGCAGUGUUGCCAGCCGAUGUCCGGUUCGAAGCCCCUCGGGUGACCGCGUACACGGAAGCUACCUCCAAUAGCGCGCUGCAGGAUGCUGUGGACCUCCUCGAUGAAGCUCGGGAUAUUGCCUUAGCAAGAACAGGGGAGCAGGCGCUACGAAACUAUCACAGUCGAUGA